AUAUAGAGAUAUGGGUGACUUUAUAUCUACAGAUGAAGUAUGAGAUUAUAUCAGUAAUUUCAAAGGUGGUGCUGUUGGUGCAGCAGCAGUGUAGCAUUUGCUUCUUAUUUUGUUCAGUGAGUUUAAACUGGCAGCUCAUCCUGAGACAAUCAUACCAGUGAAGAUACCCUGAGCUAGCAAGAUGAAGAUAGUACUCGCACUCCACUUCUCAGGUGCCCUGCUUCUGCUACUGUUACUCACUGAGUCUCCAAAUCAAGGUGCUGAAGCCUUGCCAGUGACUUGUUGUCUGAAAACUUGUGAUAUCAAAGUACGAAGAGAGCAGAUAAAAAACUACAGCAUACAAGACACACCUUUAUGUCCUCUGAAAGCUGUGAGAUUUGUCACAAAGAAGGAUUUCACAUUCUGCUCGGACCCGUCCUCAUCUUGGGCCAUUAAUACUAUGGCCUUUUUGGACAACAGCGGCACAUUUAAAGGGAAUGGCACAACCAUGAAUAACACAUCUCCUAUUUAAUCCAAACUAUGACCAUUUUGUACUAAUUCUAACCAUUAAGCCAUAAUUAUCACUGUACUAAAGCUUUUGAGUCUCAGAGUCUCAAAAUGCAUUAUACAAACAUAGAUAUUUCCUCUUCUUUAUAAUUUUCCAACUUCUUGAAACAUGCAGUAUAUAUGUGAUUCUUUGUGUUGGAUAUAUGCUUUGUAAGCAUUACUAAUGUAUAUGUAUAUAUUUUCAGAAUCUUUCAAAACUUUAUA